AUGAGUCUCGACGCUGGCGGCCUUGCUCAAAUGACUUACCAACCCCACAACUCCUUCAAUACUGGCCUCGGCGUUCCCAGCUCUGGCUUUUCCUCUAGGAGAGGAACACACACCAAGCGUCUCAGCAUGGCCCCACCAGCCAGCAUCUCCACCAUCUCAGAACAGCAGCAGAACGUUAACCCUGGGCCGAGGACAAGCCGCUCUCACUUGUUGGCGGGACUGAGGACCGCUCCAAAGUCACCCACUUUCCCAACCUCGGCUCCUCCUACUCAGGUCCAGCAGCCAUACGGCCGACAAGGUAGCCCGGAGAACAACCAGUACGGGCGCGGCAUACCUCAUACUGCCGUCGGCGGUAGCUUUCCCAAUAGCCAGCGCUAUGCAAUGAAUGGGAAUGGCCAGAUGUAUGCCCUUCCGCAGAUACUCGCUCCACCCAACCUCCAAUUCGGAGGUGCAUCCGAUGAUCAGAACCUAGACCCGGAGUACUACGCUGAGUUGAUGGCCACAAAUCAAUACCUGGCUCAACAGUCGCAGCGUUUACAGCAGCAGCUCCUUGAUCUCACUGCUGCACAGCAACAGAUGCAGGGUAUGAGCCUCAACAGCGGAAUGGGCCAGCAACAGCAGUAUUAUCAGUCAUCAAUGGCUCCCAACAAUGGCUUCUACAACCAACAGCUUCAAAACGGACUUCAGCCCGUUGUCUCGCCUGUGCCAGGCACGCCGGGAUUGUACACAGUCUACAACCCCAUGACUGGUCAGCAGGGAUACGUCAUGGACAACAGUGCUCAAAAUCAGACCCCACCUCAAUCUCAAGCUCCCAACACUGAGCUGAGCCACUCCCCACCUCCUACAACGCCUACCUUCCGUGCCCGAGUGACCCCUCCGCCUGAGAACAUUCUUCCGGCUCGUACCCUGACCGCCUCGCCGCCCAAGAUGUCUCCGCCAAAAUCAACCUUCUCUCCACCAAUGGAUGUGAAUCCUCUCCCACCGCCAUCCGCGAACGCCUUCCGCCGAGGUCAUGCUAAGGGUUUGUCGGCAGUCACUGGCAACGCGAUGAACCCACAGGAGGGACCGAAGAGUGCCGUACCGAAGUCGGCGGGAUUCCCUCAGACCCCUAUGACUGGCACCUUUGGACCUGGUCAAAAUCGUGCUGGUGAUCACCCCAUGCGUCAACCUCGAGGUCCCCCAUCUCUUGAGGAGCUUGUUGACAAGCCAACUUCCAAGCAUGAGGGUAGUAAGAACUUUGUCACUCGUCAACGCCGCCGUGCUGUGCACAAUCUUGUACGUGCUGGCUUGGACCGUCGCGCUCUUUCCCGUGGCAGCAACUCGAUCGACAGUGUUGGAACACCUUCGAGCGAGUGUGACAUUACGUUCUCUAUCUCGUCCUCCGACAAUGAUAGCGAUAGCGUUGCUAGCGGAAGUGGUAGCUUGUCAGGCAGACCCAGUCCUAUUGGAUCCGAGCGGAAGGAACUCAAGGCACGCUCGCGCGAUAGAAACUCAACUGGCACACCUUUCACGACCGCCAGUCUCAGCAGUGAGGACGGUAUGACAAUUGGGGGGAAGUUGGUGGAGGUCAAGAUGGAUGAAAAGGAGAACGUGAGCGACAGACGUAGGGCUCCGCUAUUGGUGUUGACCAACGCUGAAAAACGCAAGAGUGCCAUCUUCUGA